AUGCCAGGCUACGAAAAUCAAGAGCCGUGGGACGAAGGGUAUCUCCAAGUCAGCGAUUUGCAUCGAGUAUACUAUGCGCAGCAUGGCAACAAGAAUGGUUUACCAGGUGAGCGGUAUUCUCAUAUAACUCACUAUCUACCGGCCGUUGCCUGCCGUUUUGAGGUGGGAGCUCGGGAACUCGGAAAACCCCAAUGGCUCACACCUUCUUUGAACCGAACAGUAAUCUUCCUCCACGGCGGCCCUGGAGGUGGCACCUCAGCGAAGAGCGCCGAGUUCUUCGACCCGGCCCAUUAUCACAUUGUCCUCAUGGACCAACGCGGCGGUGGUAAGUCAAGACCUGUAGCCGAGAUUCGUGAGAAUACCACUCAGCUCCUGAUUGCCGACAUCGAGACCGUGCGUGAAAAGCUGCAGAUCCCGAAAUGGAGCAUGGUCUUUGGUGGCUCAUGGGGAAGCACGCUUUCCUUAGCAUACGCUCAAGCCCACCCAGAGGCUGUUGGCAGCUUAGUGCUCCGAGGCGUAUUCCUCGGUGAAGAAUGGGAAUUUGACUGGACUUUGAGAGGCCACGGCUCCGCCGUUUUAUUUCCGGAUCGCUGGGAGGACUUUAUCCAAUUCUUGCCCGAGGAGAAACGCGACGACCCAACAAAGGCUUAUCAUGAGUUGCUCGUGUCGGAAGAUCGAGAGACUGCUUUGACUGCCUCCAAAAAUUGGAACCGCUGGGAGAUGUCGAUUUCGACCUUGCUUCUAGCGGACGACGCGCUCGAGAAGCUGGAGGAUGAGGACUGGGGUUUGCAGCAUGCCAGGAUUGAAGCGCAUUAUUUUGUAAACGGCUGCUUCCUAAGAGACGAGAAGAGGCUCUUGAGAAAGGAAAAUAUGGAGAGGAUCGCCCACAUCCCAACGUACAUCGUGCAAGGGCGCUACGAUGUCGUAUGCCCCCCGAAGGCAGCAUGGCUUGUGCAUAAGGCGUUGCCACAGUCAAAGCUCCAAUGGAGUCCAGAUGCUGGACAUAGUGCAACGGUGAGCGCUAUCUCGCGCUCUUCUAAUGGCGAAGUACUGACUAUUGGAAAAGGAACCGGGGACCGAGAGUAG